CCUUCCAGGAGAACACGGUCCUUCAGAGGGAAGCGAGCUCCAGCCUGUAGCCCCGGCGCCAAACCGCCGUCAUCUCCUUCCUGUGCCGGGUGAUCCGUCUCCUCACCCACCCGGAAAAACAUAGUCCGCCCCUCGCGUCCUUGUGGAGUAGCGCUUUGCUUCCACUGUGACACUCUUUGCCCGCACCUUCGUCUUUCCUAUCCCAAGCACUCUAGGACCCACCGAGAGGAUAAGUCAGCUGUGAACAGAAACCUCAAGGGAAAAGAGAGAGCGAGCCGAGGGGAAGGGAGGAAUAGGCGAGGCUGGCGGAGGGACACUGAGGACCGCGGCCGUAGUGCGCACGCGCGGCGGCAGGAACGAGUUCCGGUCUGGCCGGGGCCUGUCUCCUAAAAAUAGCCCCGGUGUGGGGAUCCGUGCGCGGAUGUCCCGGCGAGUCCCGGGCUGAAGGAGGCGGCUCCGGGCGGCGCGGAGCGCUGGUGGCUGGCCCGGGCUGCAGCGUGUGUGCGCUCGCCAGCUGCGCCGGAGACACGGAAUUGCAUUUUGUGAAAAAGGAGAAAGAAGAAUUUUCUGCGAGGAUCAUAUGAAGUGCACUUUCUUGCUGAUAUAUCAUUUCUAAUCUUAUAGAAAAUUUCAGCUGUAGCCCUUGGACCAGAAGCUGAAAUAAUAGAAGCUGUGUACCAUGCAUUAGGGUAUUGAAGAAAAUACAUUUUGAAUUAAAUAUUUGGCAUAUAAGGAAGGAAAGGUGAUUGAAAAUGGGGCGGAAGAAAAUUCAAAUCACACGCAUAAUGGAUGAAAGGAACCGACAGGUUACUUUUACAAAGAGAAAGUUUGGAUUAAUGAAGAAAGCCUAUGAACUUAGUGUGCUCUGUGACUGUGAAAUAGCACUCAUCAUUUUCAACAGCUCUAACAAACUGUUUCAGUAUGCCAGCACUGACAUGGACAAAGUUCUUCUCAAGUAUACAGAGUAUAAUGAACCUCAUGAAAGCAGAACCAACUCGGAUAUUGUUGAGGCUCUGAACAAGAAGGAACACAGAGGGUGCGACAGCCCAGACCCUGAUACUUCCUAUGUGCUAACUCCACAUACAGAAGAAAAAUAUAAAAAAAUUAAUGAGGAAUUUGAUAAUAUGAUGCGGAAUCAUAAAAUCGCACCUGGUUUGCCACCUCAAAACUUCUCAAUGUCUGUCACAGUCCCUGUGACCAGCCCUAACGCUUUGUCCUACACUAACCCAGGGAGUUCACUUGUGUCGCCAUCUUUGGCCGCCAGCUCAACAUUAGCAGAUUCAAGCAUGCUGUCUCCACCUCAAGCCACGCUGCACAGAAAUGUAUCCCCUGGAGUCCCUCAGAGACCACCGAGUACCGGCAGUACAGGUGGGAUGUUGAGCACUUCAGACCUCACAGUGCCAAAUGGAGCCGGAAGCAGUCCAGUGGGUGGUGGCAAUCUUGGAAUGAACAGUCGAAAACCAGAUCUUCGAGUUGUCAUCCCUCCUUCCAGCAAGGGCAUGAUGCCUCCACUGUCGGAGGAAGAGGAAUUGGAGUUGAAUACCCAAAGGAUAAGCAGUUCUCAAGCCACUCAGCCUCUAGCUACCCCAGUCGUGUCUGUGACCACCCCGAGCUUGCCUCCGCAGGGACUCGUGUACUCAGCCAUGCCGACCGCCUACAACACUGAUUACUCACUGACUAGCGCGGACCUGUCGGCCCUGCAGGGCUUCAACUCCCCGGGCAUGCUGUCUCUGGGACAGGUGUCGGCCUGGCAGCAGCACCAUUUAGGACAAGCCGCCCUCAGCUCUCUGGUUGCUGGAGGGCAGUUAUCUCAGGGUUCGAAUUUAUCCAUUAAUACCAACCAAAACAUCAACAUUAAGUCAGAACCAAUUUCACCUCCCCGGGAUCGAAUGACCCCGUCAGGCUUCCAGCAGCAGCAGCAGCAGCCACCGCCGCAGCCGCCGCCGCCGCCACAACCCCCCCAGCCCCCCCAGCCCCGGCAGGAAAUGGGGCGCUCCCCUGUGGACAGUCUGAGCAGCUCGAGCAGCUCCUAUGAUGGGAGUGACCGGGAGGAUCCACGGGGCGACUUCCAUUCUCCAAUCGUGCUUGGCCGACCCCCCACCACGGAGGGCAGAGAAAGCCCUUCCGUCAAGCGAAUGAGGAUGGAUGCAUGGGUGACCUAAGGCUCCCGGGCUGGUGUUUGUACUUCGUGAUCCCGCAGCGAACUGCCCUACAUAUCUACAUCAGUAAAUAAGGACAUGAGUUAACUAUAUUUAUAUGUACAUACAUACAUAUAUAUCCCUUUAUAUAUAUAUAUGUAUGUGGGUGUGAGUGUGUGUGUGUAUGUGGGUGUGUGUUACAUACAGAAUCGGGCACUUACCUGCCUCGUAGAUCUGCAGAUGUACGUCCCGUGGCAAACAAAGCGCCCUGUAGGCAGAUUCUAGUCUGGCACUUCCUUGGACUACUUGUUUCAUAAGAUAACCAGUUUUUGCAGAAAAACGUGUACCCAUAUAUAAUUCUCCCACACUAGCUUGCAGAAACCUAGAGGGCCCCUACUUGUUUUAUUUAACUGUGCAGUGACUGUAGUUACUUAAGAAAAAUGCUUUGUAGAACAGAGCAGUAGAAAAGCAGGAACCAAGAAAGCAAUACUGUACAUAAAAUGUCAUUUAUAUUAAUUACCCAGCCUGGCAUGGGUCUCUGUUGCAGAGGGGUGCAUGGGAAGGGCUGUUGAUAUUUUAAAACAAAACAAAAAAGCCCCACACAUAACUGUUUUGCACGUGCAAAAAAUGUAUUGGGUCAAAGAAGUGAUCUUUAGCUAAUAAAAAAGAGAGAGAGUAGAAAACACGCAUGAGAUAUUCAGAAAAUACUAGUCUAGAAAUAUAGAGCAUUAACAAAAUAAAUUAAUAUAUUAAGUUAUAAUUGGACUAUGUCAGAAGUUUCUUUUUACAUUCAUAUCUUAAAGAAACUGAUUUUAGCUCAUGUAUAUUUUAUAUGAAAGAAAACACCCUUAUGAAUUGAUGACUAUAUAUAAAAUUAUAUUCACUACUUUUGAACACAUUCUGCUAUGAAUUAUUUAUAUAAGCCAAAGCUGUAUGUUGUAACUUUUUUUUUUAAGAGAAUAGCUUUAUCUUGUUUUAACUUUUUAGUUUUAUUUUAAGAGGGGAAAAAAAACAAAAAUAUCUUGCAAGCAGAACCUUGGAAAAAAAAAGCCAUGAACACUUAUUAUUCUAUAUGUAAAUUAAAAGUUGAGCCAAACUCUUUUGUGUAUAUAGCAUCUUAAAUAUAUUAUCACCUUUGAUGUAAGUACCUAUGUAUUGUAUGGUCACCAGAUUAAAAAGUAUAUUUUUGUGGAUUGCCGCCAAUUUGGGGGGAAAAGGCGAGAUCCUUAUUAAGUAGAGUAUUCACUGUUUAAUAUUUACUAUUUUGUUAAAUAUACUGUACUUUGGAUUUUAAUUAUUAGCCCAGUCUUUUCAGAGGAUUGUAUAAAGGGGUUUCUCCCCUCACUGGUGGUGAAUGUGUGAUGUUACGUUGUAAUCUUUGUGCUGUACGGGUUGAAUACCAUUAUAUAUUUUAUAUGUGUACAUAAAUAGCAAAGUGGCAAAAAAAAAACUGGUGUUAAGUUCAUCUUGCAUAAAUAUAAAAUGUGUUGUAACAGAUUUAAGGCAUUAUUUAAAACUUGCCUUUUGUGAGGAAAAAAAUAUAGUAGAAAAAGCUGACCUAAUUUAAUAUUAGAGAACAUGGCAAAAUAGUAGACGAGCACAAAGGUUUUAUAAGUGGUAAAUGAUUAGAGAAAAAAACUUGUGGGGAAAGGGAUCUUUCUUCCUGGCCCCUCUAAAAUAGAAUGAUGCAGCUGGUUACAAAAUACUACCAUUCUGAGCUCUCUGUGCAUCGAAAUGGCACUUUGGUGUGGGGAGAAAUUCUCUCACGGGCACACCGCUGGCUGGCACGGCGCGCCGUCCUCCUGAAACCCGGGCCGGGCCCCGCUCCGCCUCCGAGCGCGGCCUCCCUCCUACCGAGACAGCAGGGCUGCGAGGGCAGGUUCGUCCGUUUCCUGGGCUUGUGCCACAAACAAAAUUCAAAGUCCUGUAUAUCUUUCAUCGUAGAUUUUUAAAUACUCACUUUCCUGAGAAACUCAAAAUAAGGGUUUAAAAACUGCUGCUAUUUUGUAUUUUAAACUUAAUGUUGAGCAGCUACCUACAAUUUUUUACUUAGGUUUUGCUUUUCCCCCUAAAUUGCCUUCCUUCUGACAUUUUCCUCAUAUGCUAUUUGUGACAAAUCAUCAGCCAGACUUCCUGACUGACACAUAGGUAUUAGGUACAGGGGAAUCCUGUGGUGUUCACAGCUACAAAAUGGAAUUCGGUUUUAGUAACAGUUUGGGUAGUAAAUUUUGAGAGGCCAAAAAAAGGGAGGGUGACGUGCUGUCUCCUCUCAGCAGGAUGGCCCUUGGGCUCUUGUUCAGAAAGGAUUAGUUUCUCUUUCAAACGUACUUACUUUACUGAACUGCAUACCGGCAUGUUUCUUCGUAAGGUCACACCUGAUUGAGACAAGACAGUCUCCUGACACUGAAUUUCCAAGAUAAUCCUUACCACUUUGUAAACCAUUUAUAGCUUUGAAAGUGUUAAGUGAUUCUUUCGUUACUCUUCAUGCACGUUCAUGAACUUCUGCUGUACAUUGGAAUAGGAGUUACCACAUUCGCAUUUACUGUCUAUUUUCUUGUGUGCCUUAUGAGAUGGCUUUUCUGACUGUAUCUCAAUAGUCUUUCUUUCUAUGCAGGUUUAUAAUCAGUACAACUACUGUUUUCUAAAAUACUAUUACACGAGGCUCGGAGUUUGUAUUUCAAUUACACUGACCAAGUAACAAUGUAUUCCGUUUUCAGGAAGUGAAUAUUUGACUGUUAACCCUUUUCCUGUCUGCCCAGUGUGACCUGGAGCGUGUGGACUUGACAGACACCCUCACCCAGACUCCAUAUACAAACACCACAUACACAUGCACAUCUCCUGGUGGAAACCAACUCAGAGUGGGGAAGACACGAAUGGUGUUUCUUUAGAACUGACUUUUCUUACCGUUUUAGACUCGUGUGUUUUGUAUGACACCAUCACCAGAAAAUUUUAUCCUUCAGAUGAAGUAUUUUAUUACUAAAAGACAAAAACAAAAAAAGCUUAGAGGACGCCGCACUGGCUCAAGUACGGUUUCCAACAGCUGUCCUUCCCUCAGUGCGUGAACCGUCCUGCAUUGAGUGAGAGUCACCAUUGUAUGUCUGCAGAUGGUCCCGAUCAAAACUCCAUCUUUUGAGCCCUAAUUAUGUCCAUUGUGUUAGAGACGAAAUCAGGGGUUUGUUCGAAAAGAACAAUAUAUGUUUUACCAUUUCCUUUAACUGUAAGGACAACUAAUAAAGCAUUAACCUAUUUUCUGUAUUAACCAUCAUGCGCACAAGAAAUACAUAGUAAAUAAGGAACCAGAAAACUCCUGGCAUUGGAUCAUAAGAAGCUAGAUGAUUAGAAUGUGAAAAAGAUUUUACAAAUGUAAAACUUUUAUUUCUCUGUAGAAACUUUCUUCACUUUGCUGUGCAAGAAGACACUGCUUUGCUAUAUUUAAAAUGGCUUUUUUAAAAAGAGAUUUAUGUAUUUGGUAAAUGUUUGUAGUCAACAGUUCACACAAGAAGCUGUACACGGUUUGAUCAUGUAAAACCGUUUGGCGGCACAAGCUGGACUUUGUUGCCAUCCUUGAGAUGAACCUUUUAAGAAAAAUAAGUUAAUCUCAAUUUUUCCCUGAAUGUGUUGUUUUUUCUUCAUUAUACAAUAAAUAUUAUAGUGAACUUUUUAUCAAAUGGUUAAGAAAAUGCUAGAGGUUGUUGUAAACUAUUUGUAUCCUGCACUCACUACAGUAAAGACGGACUGGCUUUUCCUGUGUA